AUGUGUCACACCAGCUGCUCCUCAGGCUGCCAGCCUGCCUGCUGCGUGUCCAGCCCCUGCCAGCCCUCCUGCUAUGUGUCCAGCCCCUGCCAGCCCUCCUGCUGUGUGUCCAGCCCUUGCCAGUCAUCCUGCUGUGUGCCUGCUAUCUGCAUUCCUGUGAGAUACCAGGCGGCCUGCUGUGUGCCUGUGAGCUGCAGACCCACUGUGUGCAUGGCUCCCUCCUGCCAGUCCUCUGUGUGUGUGCCUGUGAGCUGCCGGCCUGUCUGUGUGACCUCCUCCUGCCAGUCAUCUGGGUGCUGCCAGCCCUCCUGCCCCACCCUGGUCUGCAGACCCGUUACCUGUAGCACCCCCUCCUGCUGCUGA